AUGACGUCCUUCUCAUCACCGAGCAGACCAGACGACAACACCACGAGAACAAUCCUGAUCGACGCCGGGGAAUACCACGAAAAGAUCAUCGUCACACGUCGAUCCCCCACGAUCUUUGCCGGCAUCACAGCCUCUCCCUCCUCUCCCCUCUCCAACCGUGUUCGAAUCUGGCAAUCCACAUACGUCAAUCAAAGCGAUCCCACCUCUACGCUGCACAACUGCGACGCUGUCGUUCUCUCCCUCGUCCCCCCAACCUCUUCUCAGCAUACCGAUUUCAAAGCGUACAAUAUCGACUUUACCCAACGCCAAAUCCUCCACGGAACUCCGAUAACGCAGUAUCAACUCGGACCAUCUGCAGCGCUCUGCGUUCAAUCCUCGACCAACGCCAGCUUCUACAGUUGCAGUUUCGAAAGCUACCAGGAUACGAUCUACAUUGGUUCCGGGAGCAACGCGUUUUUCUACGGUUCGAUCGUCAGAGGUAUGACGGAUUUCAUCUAUGGAGAGGGAAAGGCUUGGUUUGAAAAGGCGAGCUUGUUGGUGAGAGCUUGUGGUGGUGGAAUCACCGCAUGGCGUGGCGAUCCGAAUAACGCGGAAGAUGAAAAAGUCGGCGUUUACAUCAGCAACUCGUUGAUCGAUAGAUCGUCCGAUGCUAGUCGAGAGAAAAACUUGACCGGACAGUGUCAUUUGGGUAGACCGUGGAAUGCGGAUGCUCAUGCGGUGUAUCUGAACACGUGGAUGGGCGAUGUUGUCAGUCAAGAUGGUUUCAAGGUGUGGACGAGGAGGCAGAGUAAUUUCGUGGAAGGAAGGACGAGGUUUGUCGAGUACAACUCGAGUGGUCCAGGUGGUGAUAUGAAGAAGAGGAAUUUGACGUUGGAGAGAGUGUUGACGGAUCACGAGGCGAAACAAAUCAUUUGGAGAAACGUGUUUGGCGGUGCUCCUCGUUGGAUCGAUGCCAAGCGGCUAGAGCAGCAGUAG